GGAUAACCACUACACUACCGCUCCUCAACUACAUUGUACACACACACAGACAGUUGAACACAAAUAAUAACAUUCCUGGUUUAACACAGUUUGGUCACCCCUUUCAAGCAAUGCUCUGUACUCAGCAUGGUUCUGUUAAAUAUUAAGAGAACGUUUAUUUAAAAAAAAAUCAAUAAUCCUAGCAGACUUUGAGCAGACUCUAGAUGAAUCUUCAUCUCGGAGCUAGGCUCUGCUACAGACAAAAUGCAUUGGCAGAUCCUCUCCUCGUUGCUCUGUCUCUUCACAUUUGAAACUUGGAGCGCCGCACAAGAUCUCACGAGCAACCUUCAAGCGUAUAAAUUAACUCCAGACUCGAGCCUUCAAUCUAUCACACAGCUGUCGUAUGUCAUUGAGACUUUGGAAAAGUGUGCCAAAGUGUGCAAUGCCGAAACCACGUUCACUUGCAGGGCAUUUGUGUACGAUGUGGAAAGUAACCAGUGCACUACCUUGCCAGUCAACAGCCUCAUGAAAACAGCCAUUGCCAAACCUGGCUCCUCACUGUAUGAGAAAAUCGUUUAUUUGCAAGACUGCAUGGUGGGCCUUGGCAUUUCCUACAGAGGGACGGUCUCCAAAACAACAUCAGGACGCCAGUGCCAAUUCUGGAGCACGAACAAGCCACACCGCCCCAACUUCACGCCUUGGACUCACCCCGAGUUAGGGCUGGAGGAUAAUUUCUGCAGGAAUCCGGAUCAUGGCGUGUCAGGGCCCUGGUGCUACACCACCGACCCAGCCCAGCGAUGGGAGGUCUGCAGUGUGCCUGCCUGCCGGGAUCAGUCUCAGCCAAACACAAAAAACUGUUACCAGUGCUCCGGGGAAGAUUAUCAGGGAAAUGUUUCUCAAACGCAAUCGGGGAAAGAAUGCCAGCGAUGGGACUUUCAAUCUCCACACACUCACAGUUUCACAGCCAACAGAUUCCCAGGCAACGACAUGAGGCAUAAUUUCUGCCGGAACCCGGACGGGCAGCCGAGGCCCUGGUGUCUCACCACGGACCCACUGCUGCGCUGGGAGCUCUGCGCGGUUCCCAAAUGCCAGCAAGUGCCUGUGAUGCUGCCGGCCGUAAAUUCCUCACAGCGGUGCGUGGAGGACAGUGGGGUGAACUACCGAGGCACCCAGUCCACCACUCGCUCGGGCAAGCAGUGCCAAGCCUGGAACUCCCAGUACCCUCACAAGCAUGGAAUAAUGCCGGAGAGGUACCCUUGCAGGGGCCUGGAGGAAAACUUCUGUCGGAAUCCGGACGGAGCGGCCUCGCCGUGGUGCUACACGGCGGAGCCCAGCUCACGCCUCGAGUUCUGCGACAUCCCAAAGUGCCGCGACCCCCACCGAACCCUGACAGAGGCCGGGCGGGGACCCCUGCCCCCCCUGCUCCCACGGCCCCCCCUGCUCCCACGGCCCUCCCUGCCCCCAGGGCCGCCUCUCGGCCCGCUGCCCCCACGGCCCUCCCUGCCCCCAGGGCUGCCUCUCGCCCCCCUGCCCCCAUGGCCGCCUCUCGGCCCCCUGCCCCCACGGCCCUCCCUGCCCCCAGGGCUGCCUCUCGCCCCCCUGCCCCCAUGGCCGCCUCUCGGCCCCCUGCCCCCACGGCCCUCCCUGCCCCCAGGGCUGCCUCACCUCGACCUGCCACUCCAAAUGUUUGAGAUGAGAUGUGGUGCAAACUACUUUGCUUUGCUGAGGCAUGUGAGCAAGUGCCAUAUAAGUGCAAAUAUUAGAUGCGAAUAUAACUUACAUUACUUAACAUUUAGUAUUAAUUCACAGAGUGGUGUGCUGGGUUGUGCAGAGCAGGAGGAGUGCAUGCAGUGCAACGGAGGGGGCUAUCGAGGGAAAGUGGCUCGCACGGAGUCUGGGCGAGAAUGCCAGCACUGGGCGGCACAAAGUCCUCACCAACACAACCACACGCCGGACAGGUUUCCCGACAAAGAUCUGCGGAGCAACUACUGCCGAAACCCCAACAUGGAGCCUCUGCCGUGGUGCUACACCACAGACCCCAGCGUGCGCCUUGAGACCUGCACUAUUCCCCGCUGCAAUACGCCGCCACCAGCGACCUCGACCAGCACCGUGUGCGCCAGAGGCCGUGGGGAGGGCUAUCGGGGCUCCAGGACGGUGACUCUCUCGGGGAAACGGUGUCAGCGGUGGGACUCACAGUUCCCGCACAAGCAUACUCGCACCCCGGAGAACUACCCCUGCAGAACACGGAGCGCCGGCAAACGGGCGCGCUUCCAAUCCUCACAGUCGCAAUGCCGCGUGCGCGCGAGCGCUUGCACGCGCAGCGAGCCCCGCAGCGCCUUCACCUUCCGUCCGUCUGUGUGCGUGCCGCCCUCGCUCGUUGCAAGCGGGCUGCAGGAGAACUACUGCCGCAAUCCGGACGGGAACAACGGCACCUGGUGCUACACGGUCAGCGCGGCGCUGCGCUGGGAGUACUGCGACGUUCAGCCCUGCCGCCCCGCCGCGCAGGAGCCACCGCCGCCGCCGCACAACCCCCGCGAACCAGGCACGAGGGCCUGGAGGGGGGUAGCACGACGACUAUUAAUGUUACUCACCACUGCACCACCACUCCACAAUCUCACACAACAACAACAGCGCUUGUGCCAGGUCAGGUGCACUUUGAGGCCAUCAGGCCCAUCGCGCAGUGGCGGUGCGCUCUCCUGCGUGCCGGCUCACCCCACCAGCACGAAGCAGGCAGCUCCCCAGGCUCCAGACGUCGGAGCACACCUCUUCAAUUACGACGAGGGAGGCACACCCCGCUCGCAGUCGCCGGGUUCCAGCAGCGACAAUAGCGGCCGACGAUGCAAUGUCGUUUUUUAUUUGUUUGGCCUUCGGACAGUGCCGUCUCUGGUGCCGAGGCCACCGUGGCCUGCUGAAGACUCUCAGCCAUUGUGGCCGCAGGGAGGGUCGGGCCUGCCGGGCCUGCCAGAACUCCCCGGCUCGCCGGCCCAUGUAGCCCCGGGGCUUCAUCGUUGCGGCGUCGCUGCCGUGUCUCUGUCCGAUUGCCGCCAGCGAAUCGUUGGGGGCUGCGAAGCUCGGCCCCACUCGUGGCCCUGGCAGAUCAGCCUGCGAAUCAAACUCACGGCCUUCAGCCGGUACUCACUCCUCCUCGUCGUGCACACACACAGAAACACACGCACACACACAAAUAAAGACAUGGAUUGGAUUUUAGUUUGGGGUUGCUACCAUCUCUCACGCAACUCACAACAAAGCGCACCCACGCAACACGCACCAGAUACACGUAACAUACGCGGUGCACGCUGGUCGCCGGCUCUGUCCGCUGUGGGCUGCAGGGAAUACUCGCACGACUGCGGCGGAGCCCUCAUCACCCCUGAGUGGGUCAUCACGGCGGAGCACUGCGUUAAGCGACCUGCGUACCUCAUGAAGGUGUUCUUGGGAGCGCACAAGGACAACGACCCCGAGCCGUCAUGGCAGACGGCGUCCAUCUCGAGGAUCGUGGUCGAACCCGGUCACGCGGACAUCGCACUCAUCAAGCUCUCCAGCCCGGUGAGGAUGACGGAUCAGGUGAACACCGUCUGCCUGCCGGAGCGUAACCAACAGCUGGUGCAUGGCACGAUGUGCUACAUCACGGGGUGGGGGAAGACCAAAGGAACUGGGAACGAGGGAGUGCUGAAGCAGGCCUUGCUGCCCAUUAUCUCCCGAGACGUCUGCAACCGCGAGGAGUUCCUCAACAACCGCGUGCCGCACACGCAGCUCUGCGCUGGCUACGAGCAGGGCGGCACUGACUCCUGCCAGGGAGACAGCGGAGGCCCCCUGGUGUGCAUGCAGGCCGAGCGCUGGGUGCUGCAGGGAGUGACGUCGUGGGGCAUCGGCUGCGGAGACGCGGGAAAACCCGGCGUGUACACGCGUACGGCUCCCUUCAUGUUGUGGAUAGAGCGCGUCAUCAACCAGUAGGGUCCACCCCCCCACCACCCCACGGCCACACUUGGCACUGCCAGACACCCAGGGGCCGGUCCCAAAGCACGAAAGUCCUAUCACCUGGCACACUUGGUAUUGGCACUAUCGUUGUUACACAAGAGGGUUAUUAUGAAGGAAGGCGCCAAGCUUUCUGCAGUUUCAGAGUCUGCUGUGAUUUCACAGCAGGAGGCAAUGUCGCCACUGCGUGUGAUAACAACUGAGUAAUGGGCAGUGUCAUUUUUCCGAAUGAAAAAUGUGGACCGUGACGCCGGCACAAAUGGCUGCACUCGUCUGGAACGACGUUGGGGGAUCUUUAACCCCCACUUCGAAGCGGACAGCACAGUAUUUUUUUAUGGAUAAUAAACCUUUUGCAAGGAAUCAAGUCUGCAUUAACCACACGUACUUGUGGUGAACAUGCAAUCAAACAUGCUCUGAUAAUAUAUGGAUUGUCUUUGAAACU